AUGCUUUUUUGUCGUCUAUUUUCAACUAGUUCGGCUAGCCAUCUUAUCGACAAGUCCAAAUUCAUCCCUCAUUCCGGCUUCUACCCCAAAGGCUAUAAAGUGGGGGCUCUUGCUUCUGGUGUCAAGAAAGCAGGGGCUUUGGACCUUGCCAUGGUUGUUUCAGAAACUGCUGCCUCUGCCGCUGCUUGUUUUACAACAAAUAAGUUUAAGGCUGCUCCUGUUUUGGUUGAUAAGGCCACUCUACAGGCCAAUAAUAAUGCAGGUAUUAGAGCCAUCGUCGCAAACAGUGGCUGUGCUAAUUCUGUCACCGGUGAAGGAGGUUUACAGGAUGCUUGUAAGAUGAUCUCCAUGGUGGAUGAUUCAAUUGGAGUCCAUAACUCUUCCAAAAAUCAUUCUUCGUUGGUGAUGUCUACCGGGGUCAUAGGCCAGAGGUUAUCCAUGAAUAAGAUCCUUCCAGCCAUCAAAGAGUUGGCGCAGGGAGAUCAUCUAGGAUCAGAUCACGUGCAUUGGAUAACGUGCGCAAAAGGGAUUAUGACUACUGAUACUUUUCCCAAGCUAGUUUCGAAGAGGUUUACCAUGGGGGGUAUAGAGUAUUCUUUGGCAGGUUUGGCCAAAGGAGCAGGAAUGAUUUGUCCAAAUAUGGCUACAUUGUUGGGAUUUUUUGUCACUGAUGCCCCAGUGGAGCCUUCUGCUUUACAAGAAAUCCUUUCGCAUGCUGUCAGUAAAUCAUUUAACUGUAUUUCUGUGGAUGGAGAUAUGUCUACAAAUGAUACAAUUACUGCUUUGGCAAACGGUGCCGCUGGAGGAGAGUUAAUCACUAAGUUACAUCCUAACUACAAUAUUUUAGAGCAUGAAGUAACUGAAUUUGCCAAACAAUUGGCUCAGUUAGUGGUCCAUGAUGGUGAAGGAUCGACCAAGUUUAUCACUUUGAGGAUUAAGGACGCUCUCACGUAUGAAGAUGCUAAGAAAGUGGCUAGUUCCAUAUCCAAUUCACCCCUUUUUAAGACGGCCAUGUAUGGAGAAGAUGCUAAUUGGGGAAGAAUUCUCUGUGCUACAGGAUAUGCAGGUGCGGAGGUGAAUCCUAUGAAAACCAACGUAUCUUUCAUUCCUACGGAUGGUUCUGAAGAGUUGAAAUUGCUAGUCAAUGGGGAGCCCCAGAACGUAGAUGAGGAUAGAGCCUCUGUAUUGUUGAAGAGGGAAGAACUUGAAGUGAUGGUUGAUCUUGGAACAGGAGGAGGAGAGUCUUGUGAGUUCUGGACAUGUGAUUUAAGCCAUGACUAUGUCAAGAUUAACGGUGAUUACCGGUCAUAG